CUGUGGUGAUAGAGCUUCCUUCCUCUCCCUCCUUUCCUUUUUCCACGUAUCAUUUAUUUGUUCCAUAAGAAGUUAGUAUUCUGCAGAACACUCUGGGAAAAUAAUUUUAUGUGACUUCUGUUUUAUUAACUCUUAGUUUUCAUAGAGAACCUCAGAGAGGUAGGGUAUCUUCUCUAAUUUUGAGUAGUGAGUGAUGGAUGCAAGAGGUGUUUCUUGACCUGGGUGGGGCUUAUGUGUGUGUUCACUUUGGGAUAAUUCAUUAUCGGCAGAGGGAAGAGUAUUAAAACAAGUCUGUAGGAUGACAUUCGUGUAGUGUAAAGGGAAUUUUAAAAAAAGAAACGUCAGUUUCUCUCCCCAGUCCUCUGGCUGUCCAUCUCCUCUGGAGAGAGCCCAGGGCAAACCAAACGCGAGAAAAAAAGUCCAGUUCAAACUGCAGUCCUCGCACAGAUCUGGAGACUCAAAUGUGCACCACCAGGGUUAAAAGGUAUUCCCAAAUUGGUCCAAGGUGGUUACAAAAGCGAGGAAGUCUCAUCGCUGUCCAGGGUAAGAAGGGAAAGAAAAAACGUGAAGUUACUUCCCAACCUCGCUGUUGGAAGCUCCGGAAUCACCAGGGCAACUGGGAGCGACCCAUCAUAGGAGGCGGGGCCAAGGCCAUUCUUUGACACCCUAGCAACGCAGCAAGCCUUUGUCGCGUCCUAGCAACACACCUCGCCCUUCCUGUGGCCUCCGUCCUCCUUGCCGGCUCUAGGCUCCUGCUCACCCUCUCAUGGCACAUCCAAAGCUCUGAGGAGAGGAGAUUGGAGGGUGGGAAAAUCAAUUUUGUACAAACUCCAUAUAAAGAAAGAAGAAGAGACCCAUUGAGGACUGAGCACCAAGCCAACUAGAGACAGACCUGCAAUGUUGGACACCAUUGUCCCUUCCGUGCAAGACCUAGGCAGGCAGGUGCUGCCUACCCUGCUGUCGCUGAGCCAAGAGGAAGUCUCUGCUAUAUGGGCAAAUGUGUCAGAAUUUGUGGAACGGCAGCUAUCCCUGCACAAGGGGGUUCAGAUUCCAGGACUUGGAACUUUCACUUUCAUGAGACAAAAACUGGAGGUGGGAAACAACAAGUUUAUUCUGAUUCAGAGACCCAUGUUUAUCAUGGCCGAGAAGUUAGUGCAGAUUCAUGGACUCAAGCAAAACAAAAUAUAUAUUCCUGGUGAUAUUCCAGUUGUUCCACUUAAUUUUGUCAUGAUAUCCCUGGAGGGUCCAUUUAGCAGGGAUACAGUGGAAGGAUGCGUGAAGGAGACAUUGCUUUUUCUAUCACGAUCCAUUUCCAUCAAACGAAAUGUGGAAUUUACUUUCAAAGGAAUCGGGGUCCUUGUGAUUAAAGGCAACAAAGUGAAGAUGAGAUUUUAUAAAGACUUCCUUUGUUCUGUGGAUGGAAGUGGGACUUUGGCAAAAGCCCUAGCAAAUAGGCCUGGCACUGUGGACUCCGUGUUGUCUAGCAGAGAGAUCUCAGGGAAGCGACCCAACAGUGUGCUUGCAUUUCCAAGGAUUGAGCUCAAGGAAGUGGAGAACAAACCACCUAUGGAGACCAUUGUAGAAGAAGGUAGGAAAAAUAGACAAAGGAAGUGCAAAUUAAAAGACCAGCCAGACAAAGAAGAAGGAAUCAGAGAGAUCUUAUCACCCAAGAGACUUCGGGAUAAACAAGCCAUAUCCCCUCCCAAAAUGACAAACGCCACCUUGCUGAACAAGUUAGAGCGCAAUGGGAGUGGCGGGAAGAUUAUGAACCCUGAAAGUUUGUCAUCUCCAGGUUGUUUGAAAAGUGAAAUGAAGCCUAAACUUUCUCCAGUCCCCACCUGCCAGGAUCAUAAUAAGGCAGGACAGGAGAUGUGUUAUGUGUGUUUGCAACGAGCGCAGCGCAAUUCCCCAUUGUGCUACAGUGAGGAAAGGAAGAGGCGAGAGAUAGAAGAUGAGCGACUCAUUCAGCAGUAUCAAAUCCUGAAGGAUCAAGAGGCUCUCUUAAAACAGCAGAUGAGAAGUCUGGCUAAUAGAGAACAAAAUCAGAAAAAUGCUGCCUACAACCUUGGAGUUGCUGAAGCUAUAAGAAUCCACAAAAAUGAGAAACCUGAAUUUUAUAAAUCUUUCCUCUUUGAUAAACGGCCACUCAGUCCUGAGAUUAAUGCUCUAAAACAAGAAGAAUAUUCCCAAAAUCUCCUGAAACAAAUGGAUAACAGACGAGAAAAAGAAAUAAAGCAAAGACAAAACAGAGAGUUGAUGGAGCGCCUAGAACAAGUACAACUCACAGAGGAACUCGCUGCACAAAGAGCCCAGUAUAUAAAAGAUAAGAUGGAAGAAACACAGUGUUACAAGAGAGCUUUGGAUGCGCAGAUAAAGAACAAACCCCUGCAACUUCCCAUGUUUGAGCCAGACUCUAGUGAGCCCAUCUUUGGUAAGGAUGAGGGUGAGCUGAUGGUGGAAAAGCAAAAGCAAGAACAGAAUUACAUGAAGCACCAGCUGGAGGCCGCUGCCAGCCACAGGAGGAGAACCAUCCUGCAGCAGCUGGUGGAACAGAAGCGGGAUUUGCAGAUGCUUCGGAGGACACAGAGAGAGCGCCUGGCAGACCGAAAUGCUGAGCUGGAGCGGGUGAACAGAAUCAACCAGAGCUUGCAGGAGGACUGGGAAAGCAGUGCUGCAAUGAAGAGGCAGCGGGACCUGGAGGAGAAAGCUUUCGAGAGGGCGUCAGACAAGCUCUUCCUCUUGGACCAGUGUGAGAAGUACCGGCGCUGCAAACAGUGCCAGAGGCGCACCUCCAACGUGGGUGAGAGCAACCUGUGGCCCCUCAACAAGCACCUGCAUGGCUCCCGGUUGUUCAUAUAAUAUCUGAAGUUUGGAUCCGUGCUUUCCUGGGGACAAUUUUUCUUUUUUCAGUAUUUAGGUAUGAUGGUGAAACUACCUAUUUUUACUUUAGAGGGAAAAGUUAUUGUGCUGUUUUGGUGCUUUCAGGAAAAGAUUGCUUUUUCACCCCUUAAUGAAGUCACAUAGGCAGGGUCUCCCCCUGGCUUCCUCCUGCCCCUACAGAACCCUGCUGCCACUGGGGGCCGGAAAUGGGGGACCCAGCCUCCUCCUGGCUCCCGAGGUGCUGCUGACCCAGCCCAGCUACUCAUUGACGUUGUGUAAGAAACUUGGUCUUUUCUUCAUCUGUAAUGAAUAGUGUCCUAAUAAACAUUUUCUAUGGACCUGCCUGUGCCUCCUGGUGAA